AUAAAUAGACCUUUGCACACCUCUUCUCAGCCGUCUGCCACCUCUUGGAGUGCUGAGGGUUCCUGUCAGUUUGGGAAACAUCUUCACCUCACGCAAACAUGGGAGAAGUGAAUUUGGUCAACCGAGAUGAGAACAACGUCAACGACCAUAUUAAGGUGUGUUUCGAAGACGUCCUGGCUGAGCCCGAUGGAAGUCACUCCAUCGACUGCGUGUGGAAGCUGUCCUACUGCUGCUUCAACUGCAGCAAGGGAUGCUGCUACAACCUCCUGGCCAUCUUCUGCGGCAUACCCAGCGCCCUCUGCUGGGGCUUCGAGUUCGCCAUCAUCGCCUUCUACCACAUCUGGUACAUGACCCCGUGUCUGCGGGCCUACAUGAUCAACUGCGGCAUGAUGCAGAAGUACUUCGAAACCUGUCUGAGGUGCUGUAUAGGUCCUGUCUGCGAGACCUGCGGCCUCUUCUUCAGCCGCAUCACCGUCAAGAACGGGUAGACAGCAGAAAAUAGUGCGGCGCCACCCCCGUCUACCCGUGAACACUGACAGAGAGGAGAUGGGGACGACACACACGUGACUUCCAAUUCUCCAAGAUGAGAACAUAGAAAAACUCUAUCAAAAUCCAGAAGAACUUUCUUUAAUGCUUCGCAAACUUUUCUUUCGAUUUCGUAGAUAUAGAUAUACAUAUAUCUAAAGCCGCGACAGCAAAUGCAAUACCAUCAUGCAUCUGUGCAGUAAUUACUCUAAAAGGCAAAGUCAACAAUGUGUAAUGUAUGAGCAUCUAAAAACAACAAUCAGAUGAUAUUAUCGCUUGCAGCAUUACUGAAAAGUACUCAUUCUUUAUUCCUCACCAACUUUCUUUACUUUUCUCUGUGAAAUACAAACUAAAUGUGCCUGAC